GGUGUUGGUCAAGGCCGAACAUGUGAUAUUCAACGGCACCAAUCAUGUAUCAUGUAUUGUUUCAAAUUGUCUGCGGGCUUGAGCAAUCACAGCAGAGCAGAGAUUCGACUACAUAUUGACCGUUCUUGAAUCCUUUGGCCGACUCUCGAGACAUUGCUCUUUCCAUACCUAGACUACACAAAUCAGCCAUGGGCAACUUCGAUCACGACUCCAAGAAGUUAGAGAGAACUAGUACCGAAUCUCAAGCCGAACCUCUACCACCGCCUGCGUACGAAGAUAUUCACGACCAUAGCUACCAUGCUGGCCACGAUCCCGAGUCGGUGGACCAGGUUGCAGAAGGUCCCUACCACAUAAGAGAUGAUGGACGCGUCGAUAUCGAUUGCAACUCACGCGCAGUACGAACUUUCUCAAGAUUCUUUUCUUCAACACCAGUCGAUCAUUCGCAGCAGCCGCCUCCCGACUACGAGUUCAAAGCUCCAGGAACUCUGACAUGCGGCAUAAAACUCAACAUUGUGAUUCAAGUUGUGGGCAGCCGUGGAGAUGUACAGCCUUUCAUCGCUCUAGGCUGCGAGUUGCAGAAAUAUGGCCAUAGAGUCAGGCUGGCCACCCACGACAUGUUUGCUUCCUUCGUCCGGAAAGCAGGCCUCGAGUUCUAUCCCAUAGGAGGAGAUCCAGCUUCACUAAUGGCAUACAUGGUCAAAAACCCCAGCCUUCUGCCCUCGAUGAAGACAAUGAUGUCGGGCGAGAUCGGUCGCAAACGUCAAAUGGUCGCCGAAAUGCUAUCGGGAUGCUGGGAUUCGUGUGUGCUGGCAGACCCGCUUACAGAGGCACCUUUCGUCGCGGAUGCCAUCAUCGCAAACCCUCCUAGCUUUGCACAUGUGCAUUGCGCUCAGGCUCUGGGAAUACCGGUCCAUCUAAUGUUUACAAUGCCAUGGACUCCCACUCGCGCUUUCCCUCAUCCUUUAGCAAAUCUGGCAAACGUCGAUGGAGAUCAGGCAAUAGCGAACUAUGUGUCGUAUCAUGUGGUGGAAUGGAUGACCUGGCAAGGAUUAGGCGAUGUAAUCAAUGACUGGCGCGAAAGCAUCCAGCUGGAACCUAUCAACUUACUCGACGGACCGGCAUUGGCACAAAUGCUCAAGAUCCCGUUCACUUACUGUUGGUCACCAGCAUUGGUACCCAAGCCUCACGACUGGCCUGGAUACAUUGACGUCUGCGGUUUCUUCUUUCGUGACACGCCCAAAUACACCCCCACACCUGAACUUGCUCAAUUCUUGGCUGCUGGUCCUCCGCCUGUGUACAUCGGGUUUGGCAGUAUUGUUCUCGACGAUCCUGCCAAGAUGCUGGCCACAAUCCUUGAUGCAGUUCGUGCUGCGGGUGUCAGAGCCAUCAUCUCGAAAGGAUGGUCAGAUCUCGGAGGCGAUGUAGGAGAGAAUAUCUACUACAUCGGCGACUGCCCUCACGAGUGGCUGUUUCCACGUAUGGCGGCCGUAGUGCAUCAUGGUGGUGCAGGUACUACUGCAUGUGGAAUCAGAAACGGUAUUCCCACGCUCGUCUGUCCGUUCUUUGGAGAUCAGCCAUUCUGGGGCCAUAUGAUUGCCAGCGCAGGCGCGGGACCCGAACCAUUACCACCCCGUGACAUGACGCCUGCCAAACUCGCGGAGGCUAUUCGUUUCCUCAUCAGAGAAGAGACGUCUGUGGCAGCCAAAGCUAUCGCGGCACUGAUGCAAGACGAGGAAGGCGUACGUUCCGCGGUAGACUCUUUUCACAGACAUCUUCCUAUCGCGGCGAUGAAAUGUGACUUGAUCUCCGAUCAGCCUGCCGUGUGGACCCUUAAGUCAGGCGGCAAAAAGAUCAAGCUGUCUAAGCUGGCCGCUGAAGUCUUGAUCUCGCAGCACAGCAGACUCCUCAAAGAGUUGAAGACAUACCAGUCUAAGCCUGUUUCUAUUGAGCCUACCCGAUGGGAUCCUCUGAGUGGUGGAGCAUCCGCCGUCAUGGCUACAACGAUGGACCUCACAGGUUGUAUCACCGGCAUAGUCACCAAACCGAUGAAGGCAUACGACGACGAGCGCCGAAAACAAGACAGAGCCGAUAAGCUUGAUGCGAUGAUCGAUGACCAGCGCUUAGCCGAACCUGACCUCAAAAGUUCAAGUGCGAGCAUCCGCACAGGAACGUCCGCAAGGUCGCGGGACAAUCGGCCGUCAGCAGGCGGCAAAGCGGCGUUGGCAGGUGUCAAGAGCAUCGGCAAUUUCGCGCCAACGGCCCUCAAAGGCAUGACCGUCGACAUACCGAUGGCAAUCACAGAAGGCCUCCGUACAGCACCAAGACAUUACGGCGACAAAUUGCGAGACAACGGCAAGGUCACAGGUGUAGGCAGUGGAUUCGCAGUCGCUGGUAAGACAUUCGCGUGGGGUAUGAUCGAUGGUGUCUCUGACUUGGUCGUACAACCUUACAAAGAGUGCAAGAAGAAUGGUGCUGCCGGCAUAGCUACUGGACUCGGGAAAGGUAUGGCAGGCAUGGUGACGAAGACAGGAGCAGGCAUGUUUGGCGUUUUCGCGUAUCCCGCGGCGGGCAUUGCGAAGAGUGUGCGAUCAGCUGUGCACAAUCGGUCACGCAAGCUUGUCGACCUGCAGCGUAGGGACGAAGGCCAGUGGCUAGUCGCAAACCAAAAGUGGAGUGGGAGCGAGUUAAGCGGUUUGAUUGAGAGCUUUCACGCCUUAGGGUCUUCGAAAGAGCAAACGAAGAAAGCAAAGGACAAGAAGUGAAUAUAGUUAAUGUUGUUCUUUGGCUUCUCUGAAGUUUUCGUAUUCAUCAAGCACACAUAUGUUGAUAACCACGUUUCGAGGCAGGAGCUCAU